AUGGAGGGAAAUUACAGAGCCACUCGAAUGGCGGUGCUGAUUCUGCUCUUACUCAGCUCAGCCGUACCGAGUUCACUCGCUUAUCGACCCGGAGACAUCGUCCCGAUGAGCCGCAUGGGGCAAUACCACUCUACGAGGACUGUUUGGCAUGAUAUUAUCGGCAGGCAUUGUCCGAUCUUUGCUGUUAAUCGUGAGACUUUGAUCCCGAUACCCAAACCCACUGGAUAUACUGGAGCUGAUCCUUACAAAAUAUCGUUACAAGUUGGACAUGAAAAAUUUUAUGUCCCUUGGCUUUUUGUGAUCAAUAGGAAGAGUUCAGAGGUCCCAAUGAUUGAGAUGAAUUUGAGGUACUCGGGAGCUGAUUUGCUAGGUGUUACUGCAAAAGUUAUUGAUAUGCCCAACAGCUAUGUAGAACUUCAUCCAGACAUACGUAAGCAAUUUUGGGAUCAACAACAUUGGCCGAAACAUAUACUUGUCAGAUACACGUGGGAAGAGCAGUCGGAGAUAGAUGUCGCUUCUGGAUUUUAUGUUCUCUUUGGAUGGGGGAUGAUACUCUCAUUCAUUCUUGCGAUGUUCAUUUUGCAAUCAUCUCGAGAUAAAAUUGCAAGGUUUGUCAAGGAGACAGUGGCCGAAAGCAGCAUGCCAGCUGGAGGAGUUGCUAAAAUACGGACAGUGAAUGAAUCUCGCUCUACCUGGGAAAAUCCGAGGAGGGGGGUGUGCGAGUGUUCGAGAUCUAGGGAAGUAGGGGAAGGUGAUGAUAUGGGAGAAAAUGCGGCAGCUUUGCAUACAGCUGUAAAUUCAGUACAGGCUCUGGGAAGGGGCUUUGACGUGAACUAUGAUACUAGGUUGCUUUAUUGUAAAGGCGUGGCCGGUUCGAGAAUUGUGGAAAUUGAUGAAGAACACACUAGGGAUCUGUACUUAUCAGACGACUUAGUGGUGCCCGGUGUUUCGAGGGACAUCAAGAAUUCACACGAGCAAGGUGGCCGUGCUGGAUUUGGUGUCUGCAGUUACAAUGAGAUGGUGGAAUAUUUCAACAAGAAGGCUAGUUUAUCGGGUCAUACUCCACUCGGUGGCUUCAAUGCUGCAUUCAGCUAUACGGGCUCGAGGCAUAUUGAUGCUGCCUCAACAAAGUCCCUCUGUAUGGAUGGAGUUUUCAUUCCGAUUGCUAAAUUCCAGAUUUCUAAUUCAGCCCUGGUAUUAAGUGAAACGGUCAGAAGGGCAGUACCAAGAACGUGGGACCCACCUGCUUUAGCAAGCUUCAUCGAGAAUUUUGGUACACAUGUAAUUAUAUCUGUAACAAUUGGGGGUAAAGACGUAAUCUACGUGAGACAGCACCUCUCAUCACCUCUCUCAAUCGUGGAAAUCAAGAAUUAUGUCCAAGAUAUUGGGAACCAAAGGUUCUCCAGUGCAGAAGGGCUUACAAAUUCAGGCCUACUCAAGUACAAGGAUAAGGGAAGUGAGAUAUACCCGCAACCAGCUACUGCACCUUAUCUAUCUGGAAGUGGCAAAGAGGAUGUUACGGUCAUAUUCCGAAGAAGGGGUGGGGACGAUCUCGAGCAGAGCCACACCCAAUGGGCAAGAACCGUCCGAUCCUCGCCAGACGUCAUUGAGAUGUCAUUUUUUCCAAUAACCGAACUUCUUGAUGGGAUUAGAGGAAAAGAGCAUUUAACUCGUGCCAUUGCUUUGUACCUCGAGUAUAAACCCCAGAUUGAAGAACUGAGGUAUUUCCUAGAAUUUCAGGUCCCUCGAAUAUGGGCCCCCGUACAGGACAGAUUUGCUGGACAAACAAGAAAAGAACCCGUUUGCCCGUCGUUACAAUUCAGCAUGAUGGGACAAAAGCUCUAUGUCAGCCAAGAGCAAGUUUCGGUUGGGCGAAAGCCCGUGACAGGCAUGCGACUUUGUCUCGAAGGAUCUAAACAGAAUCGGGUAAGCAUCCAUCUCCAGCACUUGCAGUAUCUUCCCAAGAUCCUCCAGCCGUACUGGGACCCACACAUCUCGAUAGGCGCUCCGAAAUGGCAGGGGCCCGAGGAGCAGGACAGCAGAUGGUUCGAGCCCGUGAAGUGGAAAAAAUUCUCCCACGUCAGCACAGCACCAAUCGAGAAUCCAGAGAUCUUCGUUGGGGACCUGACGGGAGUGCACAUAGUGACCGGGGCUCAGCUUGGGGUGUGGGAUUUCGGGUCGAGAAAUGUUCUGUAUAUGAAGCUUCUAUACUCGAGGCUGCCCGGGUGUACUAUACGCAGGUCCUUGUGGGACCAUGCGCCACCGUGUGAGAAGAUCAAGAAACGGGAGUCUGUUUAUUGCAAUAAUAAUAGUCUUGAUGAAUGUGGUUCGAGUUCGGGGGAGGUUUAUGGGAGGAAUAAAGUGGCGAAAUUUGUGGACUGUUUGGAAAUGAGUAAAGGCCCGAAGGACCUGCCGGGCCAUUGGCUCGUUACGGGCGGGAAACUCGGGGUGGAGAAAGGGAGGAUUGUGGUGAGGGUGAAGUAUUCAUUGCUUAAUUACUGA